GCGCAUGCGCAAGUAAACAGACGAAAAUGACAGAAAUUGCAGAAAUUCGCCUAAAAAUAUUUUAAAUGUCUAGUGUUUUGGACAUGUUUAGGAAAGGUACCAAAGAUGGAGACUUAAAGAAAUCCGUACAAAAAGUGUCGGAUCCAAAGAAAGAUGCUUUAACGAGGCUGAAACACCUUCGACACGUACUUGAUAAUCACAGCUUAACAGAAGCAAAGGCAUUCUUUGAAGCCAACUACUCACACAUCUACUUCAUUUUUAAUGACAAUUUUUCAACGGUAGAGGCAGACCUAAAACAAAGAGCCAACAGAGCUCAUAGGGAGGAACUAGAUGGAAUUCUUUUUGUCUUUGAGAAAAUACUCAUACUGUUACCUGAAUUAAUACACAAGCGAUGGAUGUUUCACAGUAUUGGGAGAGUUUUAAAAAAGCUGUUGCAUCCAGGGAAUGGAUUAAAGGUGAGGAAAGAUGGCAUCCGAUUGUUCAUGCUUUGGUACCAGAUAUUAAAUGAGAAUGCUUCAGAAGAGUGCCAUGAAAUAUUCCUGCAACUGGUACCAGGUUUGGGAAAGGGAGUUCAUCAAGAAGUUUUAUAUGGGAAGUCUCCUGAAGCCUCUGAGAGUUGCAGUGGGACUAUCAUGUCAGGGGACAUAACUCCAAUAUUACCUAGCAGUGGAGAAAAAUUACCAGAGAAUAUUACCAAACACUACUUUGAUGCCUUGCUGUACUACAUGGUGUCUGAGGUCACCAAAGUGGAGUGGACAAAUAAAAUGAUGAGAGAGACCUGCUUUAUAUUUUUAUUUGAUAAUUUUAAGUCAUCAUACUUGAUGUGGCUACUUCCAACAUUUGAUAAAAUGGGGGAUAUUUAUAAUCCCAAAUUAGAUUUACCUGAGUCCCGGAGAGUGUCGGAGUUGGAGAGUCAUGAUAUGCCUGGUAAUGUGUCAGACUGUCGAUACUCCUUCAUCAAGUGGCUGGCUCACUUUGUUUUCAUCUCCAAGCAACAAGACAAAGCCAUCGAGAAUCAAGUUCCCGAGACAGUUGGUUCCGAGGAGGACAUAACAGAAUCGGACCAGCCAAUGGCAGCAGUUGCAGAAAACAUGCCCGGAAGCAAUACUAGCACCCUCUCCACCGGCUCACAUCACUCGGAGCUGGAGUCCCUCACGUCUAGUCUCUGCUAUGAGGAGUGGGGGAAUGAGAAUGAGAUUGUUCGAACAGUUUUGUUUUCCACCCGAGAGAAUAUCAAUAUUAUUCACGAGUCCUUUAGACAGGCCUUUCUUUUCUCCUUGAAUCAGUCUAAAUCCAUCAAAAUGGUGAUCAGUGUGUAUAAGGACUGGUUUCAGCAUGAUGACCAAAAACCUAUCUUCAUGCAAGAACCGUCCGAUAUAGGCUUUGGUCAUGCACCAGAAUUUCACCAUAGCAGCUUGUCUGAUAUCUUGGAAGAGGACUCCUCCGAUGAAUCAGCACCUCAAACCAAAGAUCUCUCCAAGUCCCUGCCAUCUUUAGAUUCCAUCAACAACUCACGAAUCAGGAAUGCCUCAUAUCUAGGGGCCAUUGGUGAUCUUGCUGAUGGUGGCAAAUUAAAUGAUGUCAGAGCAGGAAUACAAAAAGUCCUGCAAGUCUUCAUUGUCAAUUCAGCCAAUGUGUUUCUACUACAGACAGAUGAUGAAAGUGCCAUGUCAGAACAGGUAAAACAAACCGAUGAUGAAAGUGUCAUGUCAGAACAGGUAAAACAAACAGUUGAUGAAAGUGCCAUGUCAGAACAGGUAAAACAAACCGAUGAUGAAAGUGUCGUGUCAGAACAGGUAAAACAAACAGAUGAUGAAAGUGUCGUGUCAGAACAGGUAAUACAAGCAGAUGAUGAAAGUGCCAUGUCAGAACAGGUUGAUUUAUGUAAGAAAGUUAUAAAUAUCUACAGAUAUCUAGUCAUGAACAUCAAAAUGGAACAAAAGACAUGGGAGAAAAUGCUUCAGGUGUUGUUGUGUAUUACUACGGGAGUGUUAGGAGAUGUUCCUAUUUUCAAUCAGAAGGCCACUGACCUUCAGAAAAGAUUAGCAACCCCAAUAUUUCAGACAAUCAUUGUUACUUGGAUUCGUGCUAACCUGAAUGUAUUUGUGAGUGGCCAGCUAUGGGACCAGUUCCUAGAAGUGCUAUCCUCCCUGUCAGGCUGGUCAGAACUUAUCAGGCAGUGGGCGAACACGAUGGACACACUCACACGAGUUCUGGCCAAGCAGGUGUACGGGUUAGAUCUGACAGACCUACCUCUACAACGGCUGACGGAGCAGAAAGAGAAAAGACGACGAGGGAAGAGUCAAGAGAUCCCAAGGAACAGGAACUGUGAUAAGAGUUUCUCUCGCUCCUGGAGUAAAAAUGAGCCACCCUAUGAUAAGGCCUUCUCCAGCACGACUGUGCCAUUUGAGAGGGGGAAAUAUAAGAGUGAUGGUGCUGGUGGUGGUAAGUCAAGGCCGGACCUGAACAAGCAGCGGUCCCUGAGUGGAGAACCCUCCCCUUCUCAUUCCCGUCAGCCAUCCAACGCCUCAGACUCCGCCCUCUACCUUAGAAGCAACAGUGAUGGCAACCUGGCAGAUCCCAAAGAUCUGGUGGAGAGGUUGAAAGGUGUGUCAUCAGCUGAGAUGAGAGAGAAGCAUGAUAGCACAGAUAUACCUGCAUGUACAGUCUCUGUGUCCAGCACGUCUGAAAACAUAGAUUCUCCGGCCCCGGAGGAUCUAGAAGUGGCCAAGCUCAGCAUGCAUAGUCUUCAGAGUGAGGCUGAUAUUGACAGCAUCAGUUUGGAGCGUUCGGAGCAGGAUACCUCAUAUAGAUAUUCGAGGUCUCCCUCCCCAGCCUCAAUUCACUCCCAGAGCCCCUCCCCCAUCAGUGAACUAACCGUCCACCAACAGCAGAAAGACUGCCCCACUCCUGACCGGGAUAGUUUACACAUUGAGAUGGCAGCUACUACCACAGAUGGUUGUAUGGAAUCUAAAGAAUGUACAGAUGACAUGAGGAGUGUGUUAGCUGGAGGAACAGUCCAGGGCUGGCUACCAGACAGUGCUGUGGUACUGUGGAGGAGAAUGCUAGGAAUUCUGGGGGAUGUGAACCAGAUUACAGAUCCAGAGAAUCAUGUCUUGGUGUAUGAAGAACUUAGCAGAAUUCUGGACACGCUUCACAAGAUUCGGAAUAACAUCGGGGUGACGGAGGAUAACACAUUUUCUCCCCCUCCCCCUGACUGCAUCCCUCCCACUACAACUAUCACACCAUGGCAGUUUGAGUGUCUGACAUUGUCCGAUGAUUUUAAGAAAGGUAAACUCCUGGCAUAUCAGCUUCUGUGUCAGACAGUGGUCAGAAGACAUGAUGUCUCUCUCCCUGACGAGCUCCUGUCUCAGUUUUACAUGUGGCUCCACACAGGGAUUGGGUCAAAGGAUCAGGAGAUUGUCAAUGUGUUGGUGAGACACUGUGGACCUCGCUUUUUCUCCAUGCCAUUAAUGAGCUCCACAUUACUAAUCAAAAACUUAAUCCAUGCAGUGGGAGUGGUGUUGUCGUCUCCCGACCUCAGACAGACUCCUAGAUCGGAGGCCCUGUCUCUGAUUGGAAGUUUGGUGUGUUUCCCAAACCACUAUCCAUACCUACAGGUUCUGAGUGUUGGAGAUUUGUCUGUAGAGUCCUUGUCCUGUAAAAUUUUCAAGGAUUCAUUAAUUGAUCAGUUGUUACAUAGUGCAAAGAAAGAGUCUGCAGAAACAGCCAGGUGUAUAGCUUUAAGCAGUAUUGGUGUAUAUUUGUAUGAAGAGUUGUGUCAUCGUACCCUUCAUGCUAGACUUCAUGAGGCUGUGAUGGUACUACUGGGAAACCUAAGGUGCAAAAACAAAGUAGUUGCCAAAACCGCAGCAGAUGUGCUAUCAAUUUUAUGUGACCACACUGACCAGCUGUUCAGUUACCAUACUGAUUUACCAAAGCUUAUCAUAGAGGUUGUGACGGCAACCGUUGCCGUUUUAAUCCCCCUCACAGGACUAGAUGUCUCUCAGGAGGAAAGGAAGUUGAUCGUGGGUAUGUUAUUCUGUGUUGUGGAGUGGUGCAUGAGGAUGCCCAUUUCUCUGCUGCUGGAGACAACAGACACCGACAGAAGUUGUGUAUUCAAAGUAUUCCAGGUUCUGGAUUUGGCAGUGAAGGGACACAGUACUGAGACCCUGUCCCAAGCCCGACAGGUUCUCGCGGGGAUGAUACAGGGUGCAGACUUUGACCACCUGAGGGAUCUGCAGAGCCCUGUAGGGGAUUACAAGUCAGACAGGAAGUCCAGUGACAGUGAUUCUAUACAGUGUGCUGCUAAACUGUUGAUCAAUCACAUGGUUAAUCACAUGUGUCACUUCCCAAUGGGUUCAGGAGCAUCCCGUCUCUCCUCAUCCAUACAGGAACACCACGAUAUGGAGGAACUGGAGGUGAACGAUCUCAAACAGGAAAUCUUCUACUCCUCCAACAUACAGUUCUUUGUGCAGAAUAAGAGAACCCUGAUCUCUUUCAUUGAGCUCCCUGCCAUGGUGGAUGUACCUGGCGGGGGAGUGACAGCAGGACUGACCACAGCUCGGACUGUAUGCAGGGUCUUGCUGAGGGACCUCACAGGGAAAUAUGCCUGGGAGUCCUCUAUGUUGUAUGCCCCUCCCUGGUGUCAGGAGGGGUCCUCAGUUAAAAAUGCCAAAGCUUUAUUAGAUCUGUCCGGUACAGGUGAACUAGAGCCUUUAUUAUCACUGGAGGACAGGGAGGUUCCACACAUUGAAUCAGAGAGACCCAGUUCUGAGAUGCCUCUGUAUAACCUCUCCUUACCUCAUCAUGACAACCUUAAUGAUAUGUUGAGGUAUAUAGGUCACACUAGUCCGGAAUGCCACCUGAUUCCCGGGGAGCCACUGAAUCUGGAGGCAGCCACACCUGAGGGGUUCAGUAUGGAGAGUGAGGAGGCCAUAAAGAGGAUGGUUGUACAUCAGAAGGAGAACGAGCUGAAUUACUACGCCCAACACAAGGCGGACAAUGGAAGUCUGGAGUUACAGAAGUUUUUUCAAAUUCCUGUUAUCCAUGAUAAUUGGUAAUUUUGGUGUGAAUUUGCUUGUGUGAAACUAUAAAGAUGAUGAAUUUAGUAAAUUUCAUUGUUGAUGCAUUAAUUAAUUAAAGCUUGUGGUUUUUCUCAAAAUUUUAUCCUCUUUAAAUGAAUUACAUGUAUCUGUUAGUUCAUACUGAAAGGAACUUUUUCAGAGUAUAGGGUGAAAACCCAGGAUCUGAUUUUUGUUUUUGCCUGUAAAGUUGACGUCCUUCUCCAUUGUAUGUUAGACAGACAGUGCUAUUGUGAUGUGUGUUUUCUGGAAAAAGACAAUUACUAAUUCAUGUGUAUACAUGUAGAGGUGUUUUGAUUGGUAAAUUUGAAGUGGAAAUUUAAGGAAGACCUGUUUUGAUCUUUAGAUAGAUGUAGAUUAGAAAGUGUAUGCUAAACAGAGGAGAUUAACCAGACUUUAUAGAGCUUCCUGUAUACAUUAUUAUAUAAGGCUAAGUGAUCAAUUUUUUUUUUUUUGUAUGCAUUUUUUUCUAACAUUUAAUUCACAGAGGUUGCUCAUGUUCUAAACAGAGAAUGAAUUGCUGAAGGAUUUUAAAUUCAUUGUGAGACUUUAAAGAGCCAUAAUCAAACCCCAGUCCAUGUUUUGUUUUUGUUGACAAGUUUGGUGGUGGUGUUAAGGUACAGGCACUGUCAGACAGAACAUCAGACUGAGUAUAAUAUAAACUGGAAUUAAAUAUCAAGAAACCUAUAAAGUACAUCUACUGGUACAUGUAUGAUAAAACAGUAAGGCUGGAUUUUGAUCAGGAUUCAACAGAAAUUCAGUCCCUAUAAUUAUAUAUGUAGGAAUUGUAAAGUAAACCAUGAACUAUAUACACCUAUUACAUUUGUUUGUGUCCUGCAAUAGACACUAUGUAAAUGUACCAUGCAUUGAUGAUAAAUACAGUUCACUCAACAGAUAGGCAAUCAUUAUCAUUAGGGCUGUUCCAUUAAAACAUAUGAGGUACCCGGGGAAGGCACUUUAAAAUUUGGGUAACCACUCAUAGAAGUAUAAAAAUGUAAUGAGGGACCACUCACAGAAGCAAUUUCAGAUAGUGCAGCACCACCCAUAGAAGUGAAAUAAAUGUGAAAUGCACUUUUUCUUUAAAUUCAAUAUGUAUGAAUGACUAUUUAUAACCCCUGAAUAGAGGUCUAUUUUCAGAUGUUCCCAAGCAUGAUAGUAAAGAGAAGAGUAUCUUGGGUCUCAUCACCAUUCAAAUAACUGGCCAUCAAUGAAGCUUGAUCAUAGAACCAUCAAUUUAUUCUAUCAAGACUGUCUUUCUUAAACACGAUGAACUAAAUCACUUUUAUAAGUCUACCUGUUCAUAAAAAGCCUAGUAUUGUAAAUGUUCAAAAACAACUAUUAAAAGUUUUAAAAUUGACUAGUAUUUUGAGUAUUAAAAAACAAGAAAAUGUGUCUCUGCGACACUGAUGUCUUAGAUAUUUGUUACACUACGGCUCAUUGCAUUGUUCACAAGGAUGUUAUGGAAUGACAACUGGAUCCUGUGAUCUUAACCUUUGUAAAAAAAAUAAUAGGGUUCUAUGUCAUUCUAAAAACUAUGUACCAAGUUUGAUAAACAGUCAUCACUGAAUGAAGUUGAUUUUAGAGAGUGUCCAAAUGCUAUAGAAUAACAACAACUUCUUUGGGAAAACGAUAAUAAAAAGCUGAAGGACUUGAUCCAUUUCUGACAGUUGAAGACUUUUAUAUCCCUCUCCAAAUUUGUGUAUUUAAGGUGGUACCCAACACCCAAAGGAAAUAACUCUGUAAAAAUUAGCUAAACCUUUUAAUUUGAUUUGAUAUCAAAUUUAGAGCAUCUCAGUGAUCAAAAGUUUGCUUGAUGAAAUUUCUAUACAUCUAUUGAAAUUAUUCAAAUGAAAAUGUGUGGUUGAAGUUUCUUGAAAUUAAUAUAAAUUUUCCUUCAUUGGUCAAAGUAGAUACAGUAAGUAUAAAACAAAAUUUUAAAAAAAUUAAAUGAGCGAAAUUUAUGCUCAUAAUGGUGUUGGGUAACCCCAUUAAAAUCUAUAAUUCUGUAGUCAUAGUUCAACAUAAGAUGACAAAUACUAAUAUGAACAGGUAGAACAAGUUUUAAUGAUUGGAGAAAUAUUCUUUAAACUGCAACACAAAAUACAGUUCUAAUCUUUAUACAAAAAACAGUGCACAACCAAAACUAUAUAGAUUGUCCAAACUCUAACUUUGGCACUUUAUACUCCAACAUUCAGUCAAUUAUUUGAAUUGGCAUACUACACAACAAUCACCGACUUUUUUACAUACCAAAUCACCCAGGGUGGACACAAAAUUGAAAAUAAUGCCAAUUCGAAUAAGUUGCCAAUUUGACAAAGACAAAUUCUAUAAAAGUGCCUAUUCAAAAAUUGGAUAAAGCAUUUGUCAAAUUUAAUUGUAAUAUGACUGUUCAAGAAAGGCCAUUGCAUAUUGCUUUAAAAAAGUCACUGACUUGUGUAUACAUCGGUAACAAAUACAUUGUGUACCUAGAAUUCAAAACCAUGUCUAUAAAAUAAUAGGUAAAACUAGCUGCAAAUCUCUGAAAUUCAAUGUCACGAUUUUGACUUCCUAAACUUUUGAGGGAAAAGUUUUUCCAGUGUCUCAUAUAAAGAAGUAUCAGAUAUAUUUCUACUUUUGAUUUCCUUGUCCACAGCAACUAAAAAGUCUGCCUUAGAUUUUCUUCCAGUGUGUGUUGGCUUUUGAAAGUGUGUGCAAUAAUACCUUUAACUCAGCAAUUGUUAGUAACAAUAUUGGACCGUCUUUAAAACUAUCUAACAAUUUCUUCUGCUCUAGUUUAUUUCGUUUCUUUUCUUUGACAUCUUCAACAUACUUCACUAUUCUGUCUUCUCUUACUCCUAUAAGAUUACUGAUAUGUGCAAGAUCUGAGCUUGACAAUAUAUCUGGGUCACUCUCCAUCAAAUACUUUCAACUUCCGAUUGUCAAGUCAUUUGCAUAUGCCAUAUAAAGUAGUAUUUACAUCAAUGGACAAGUAUGGAGGCGAAAGCUAUUUCGUCGGUAUUGAAAAGGUUUGAAUUUAAUAUCAAGUUAAAAACCGAACAGCAGACUGCAACAAUAUGAUUUUCCUUUCUUUGUCAAAGUGGCUCAAGUAACUACAUUUUUGCGCCGAUUGUCAAUGUUUAGCUUUUUUCAUUAGAUCCACCUACAAGAUUUCGCGAUAACAAGCAUGGUGGAGCAGACGAAGAAUUUUGCAUGCUGUGCAUUAUAAUUAAUGAAAAACACCUUUAUUAGACAUGCCCGAGCACAAAGUUGGUACUCCUUUUGGUGUAAACAACAUUUGGAACUAAUACACAGAGUUUAUUAUCGGGUUAUUCAUAAAAUUAUUUUGCACCAUUAUGGAGAUCCUAUGGAAUUGUAGCCUCAUCCCGAAAACAUCAGAAUAAAAAAAAUUGGAUAGGGCUACAUUAUUGCAGCUAGAAAAAAUCAAAAACCAUUUCAAUGGAUCACGAGCACGUUUCGUUUUCCAUUUUGGACAAGGGAGAUAAUCCUAAUUUCCGUUCGCUAUAAUUUUAGAGUCAAACCGGAAACGAUAACCGGAUCGCGGAACCUCAUCGACCGAGAUAAAAUGAAGACAGAAAACGGCGUUUGUUUCACAUUCUACUUUCAACCCUUCCUUUCUCUUGUUGCAUUCCUCUCAGUUUCGGUAAAAAAAAUAAAGAUUUUAUCAAAACAACCACCCACAGAUGCAGUUUUCUGGCAGUAGGUACCCACCAUAGAUGCAAUUUUCUACCAAUGACAAGCACCCAUAGAUUUUUUUUUAAUUGCCGUCCCCGGGUACCUCAUAUGUUUUAAUGGAACAGCCCUUAGUAACAUUCACAAGAUAGAGCAACCUUAAAUUCAUGUAUCAUGAUGUAAAGAAGUUUUAUUACUGUGUUAUAAACUAACCUAUCUUCCAGGAUAUGAUGGUACAUGACAAUUUAUUUUGCAUAUCAAGAAAAAAAUGCAAUUACAUGUAUAUGGAUAAUUACUAAUUGAAAA